AUGCUCACAAUAUUUGCUAUUAUUGGUGGAUUUGUCUGUACUAUUGGUCAGUGUUUGUCGAGUUUCAUUGUUUUAUCGAAAAAUAUAUCUCAUCUGCCUAUUAUGAUGGAGUAUUUUAUCGACCAAGAAAAGUACUUUUAUUUAACUUUGUUGCAUAUCUAUGCAAUUAUAUAUAUCGGAGCAGCUACGACGUUAGCAAUAGGAGCAAUGCUUAUUACAUAUUUUCAGUAUAUCUGUGGAAUGUUUAGAAUUGCUGGCUAUCGUAUCGAGCAUGCAAUAAAUAUCAAUAUUCAACAAAAUAUUACGCUGAAAAAUAAGAUUUUGAUGAACGAAGGCAUAAUUUGUGCUGUCGAAAUUCACCGACAAGCUAUGAAAUUGUCCAAACAUUUGCUGUCUAUGUUCGAGAUAAUGAUGUUUUGUUUAAUAGUAUUUGGCGUGAUUUUCUUAACUCUAAAUCUAUUUCGAGUAAGUUUUUUGCUUCGUAUUAUGAUGUAUGAAAAUGCAUGUAAAUACUGCUCUGAAAUUAUGUGUAUUAACAAUACUGAUCGGUAA